GGUAACCUUAUUGAUGAUACUGGUCCAUUAACUUGUUUACCCCUAUAGUUAAGAAGUUAUUUUAUCCACGUCAUACUACAUUAAUUACAGAUUUGCUAUUUGUUUUGAAAGUUGACGCCAGUUUAUCACAAAUCUGAUGGUAUAAAUGAGUCAAGUUCUCCUCGACUGUUAAAAACGGAGUGAAAUUCUAUAGUGAUAAAUAUUAAAAAUGUCUGAUAAGAAGAUCAUCACUAGGACAAACUUGAGUAGACAGCUAUCAACCGUUAUUUAUUAUUUUUCAAUAUUAUCUAUAGUGUUUAUAGUAUUUUUCAAUCUACCGUUAUUGUGCGGAGGGCAUGAGCAUAGUCAUUCGCAUACGGAAGAAGCGCCGCAUUAUAAGUAUUCGGCACAUGCGAAUGAACCAAAGAGGCAUGAAAGUGUGAAAGAGCAGAUGAAAGAAUCGGACAGGACGGAUCUGUGGACGCAGGCCCUCGGUGCUACGUUGCUUAUCAGCGUGGCUCCGUUCUUCAUUUUGUUCUUCGUCCCGUUAGAUGACAGCCGAGAGAGGGAACCGUUACUUAAGAUUGUGCUCAGCUUUGCGUCUGGAGGCCUGCUCGGUGAUGCUUUUCUUCACCUUAUACCACAUGCGCUUAUGGGCCAGGGCCAUGAUAGCCAUGGUGCGGUUCAUGGUCACGACCACGGGCAUGGGCACAGUCACGGGCAUGGGCAUGGACAUUCCCAUGGAGGCGAGGGUGGUGGACAUGAUAAUAAAGUUGGAAUGUGGGUUCUAGUUGGCAUUCUUUUAUUUCUUUUUGUUGAGAAAGCUGUCCGCCUUCUUAACAGCGGUGGUCAUUCACAUUCACAUUCUCACUCAGUUCCUUCCGGUGAUGAAAAGAAAGAAGAAAAGAAACACAGCAAAGAUAAUGAGGUCAAUGAGCAUUCAAGCAGCGAUAGUAAAAAGGGAGAAUUCCAAAUCGCUGGAUAUCUUAAUUUGGUUGCUGACAUGACGCACAACUUUACGGAUGGCUUGGCCAUUGGUGCUUCUUUCCUCGCUGGAAAAAAUGUCGGCUAUGUCACAACUCUCACAAUUUUAUUCCACGAAGUACCCCACGAAAUUGGAGAUUUUGCCAUUUUAAUCAAAUCUGGAUGUAGCAGAAAGAAGGCUAUGUAUUUACAACUGCUCACUGCAUUGGGCGCAUUUUCAGGGACUGUUGUGUCUCUUCUUGCAGACGGAUAUGACGAGGCUGCAUCUGCAUGGAUUUUACCGUUAACUGCUGGAGGGUUUAUUUAUAUUGCAACUGUAUCUGUGCUUCCGGAACUCCUGUCUGACACCAAAUUCUGGCAGUCGGUCAAAGAAAUAUUUGCUCUACUUGUCGGUGUGUUUAUGAUGAUAAUCAUAGCGGAAUUUGAAUAGUGAUUGUUUAAGAAAACAAAGAAAUUAUGUCUUAUUCAUUUAUAUAGAAAAAAAGUCCCCUUGUUCAUGAAAAUAUUACACUGUGGACUUUUUAUUGAUACGUACAUAAACAUUAUAUUUUUCUACAUUGUUUCAUGUAUUUUUAAAUAAAGUUAGUUGUUUAUUGUACACUACAUUCCAAAGGUACACAACA